GGGGUACGUAUUAGGUGAAGACAAUUGUAUCCAGUCGAGCAACCUUAACCUACCGUAUUUAUUUUGAAUGAAGCAUAAUGUUUUUCUUUUUUUUUUUGUAUCCCGCGAAUGUGUAGUGUUGGAACCGUGACAGCUGGAGUCUCGUCAACGGCCACAGAAGCGAUUGUUGGUCAUGUUGUAGCGCGUUCUUCCUGUCUCCGUGUUCGCAGCUGUGGCCUCAGUUCCUGUUUCCGCCCAAUCACCAGGCACAUUACUACUAUAAGCACGGUAAUCAAGGAUUGGAUGUGUGGUUCCUGAUCUGUAGAGCCUACAAAUGCUAGAUAUGUGGAAAAGUUAAGUUUCUCAUCUCUCCAAUUUGGGAAAAUUCAGAACAUCAACCUCAAGGCCUUUUGAAUUUCUAUGACCAUCACAGUCUUCCAUUUCUACUGUUGACUACAUACUGUAUAUAUUGGUGGUGUAGCAGUGGGUAGUAAGGAUGCAGAAGAGUGCUACACUGUGAGGAGACGGAGAGAGAGAGAGAGACAUGCGGACGUGGACAGGCUCAUGGCGAUGGAUUAUGCUUGUGCUGUUGGCAUGGGGCACCUUGCUGUUCUACAUUGGUGGGCAUCUGGUGCGUGACAGUGAACAGACUGAGCAUCCCAGCCGUGAGCUCUCCAAAAUCCUAGCUAAGCUUGAGAGACUCAAGCAUCAGAAUGAGGAGCUGCGACGCAUGGCUGAGACUCUCAGGUUGCCAGAGGCUCAAUCUGAUGCGGACACUGGAGCUGCAGGGAAGCUUCGCAUACUGGAGGAGCAGUUACUCCGAGCCAAAGAACAGAUCAACUCUUACCGCAAUCUACCUGUUGAUGAAAUUUGUGUGUGUUCAGGCCCAGGGAGAAAACAGGAGGAGUUACGGAGAAUGAUUGAGAAUGGUGUACGAGAAUUGUGGUACUUUGUGCACAGUGAGGUGAAGAAACUGGGCCACAUAGAGACGGGAGAACUGCAAAAACAUAUCAACAUGCUGCUGCAAGACUUGGGCCAACGUCAGAGGUCCAUCAUGACAGAUUUGUACCAUCUGAGCCAGGGAGAUGGAGCUGGAGACUGGAGAGAAAAGGAGGCCAAAGACCUUUCAGAUCUAGUCCAAAACAGGAUAACAUACCUACAGAACCCGCCAGACUGUGGAAAGGCACGCAAGCUGGUGUGCAACAUUAAUAAGGGCUGUGGUUACGGCUGCCAGCUGCAUCACGUGGUCUACUGUUUCAUGAUCGCCUAUGGCACCCAACGGACACUUAUCUUGGAGUCACAAAACUGGCGCUAUGCCACUGGGGGCUGGGAAACUGUCUUUAAACCUGUCAGUGAAACAUGUACUGACCGCAGUGGGGCCUCUACUGGACACUGGUCUGGUGAAAAUAAUGAUCAAGCCGUGCAAGUGAUUGAGUUGCCUAUUGUGGAUAGCCUCCAUCCACGUCCCCCUUACCUGCCACUGGCUAUCCCAGAGGAUCUGUCUGAACGUCUGCAACGGCUGCAUGGGGACCCCUCUGUCUGGUGGGUGUCUCAGUUUGUCAAAUAUCUGAUCCGACCACAGGCUUGGCUUGAGAAAGAGAUACAUGAUGUGACCAUCAAGCUGGGCUUCAAACACCCCGUCAUAGGAGUGCAUGUGCGUAGGACAGAUAAGGUGGGGACAGAAGCUGCAUUCCACCCUAUUGAGGAGUACAUGCUGCAUGUAGAGGACCAGUUCCAGAGUCUGGCACACCGCAUGCACAUUGACAAGAAACGUGUUUACCUGGCCACUGAUGACCCUUCACUACUGCAGGAGGCUAAGACUAAGUACCCAGAUUAUGAGUUUAUCAGUGAUAAUUCCAUCUCCUGGUCAGCUGGCCUGCACAACCGCUACACUGAGAACUCAUUAAGAGGCGUCAUCCUUGACAUCCACUUCCUGUCCCAAACCAACUUCUUGGUCUGCACCUUCUCCUCCCAGGUGUGUCGUGUGGCCUAUGAGAUCAUGCAGACGCUGCACCCAGAUGCUUCAUCCUACUUCUACUCACUGGAUGAUAUAUACUACUUUGGGGGGCAAAAUGCACACAAUCAAGUGGCUAUUUAUGCACAUGAGCCCCACAGGCAAGGAGAAAUUGUGUUGGAACCUGGGGAUGUGAUUGGAGUGGCUGGCAACCACUGGGAUGGCUACUCAAAGGGCAUCAACCGCAAGACUGGUCGUACUGGCCUCUACCCCUCUUACAAGGUAAAGGAGAAAAUAGAGACAGUAAAGUACCCCACGUACCAGGAAGCUGACAAACUGCUUAAGAAACAGUAGAGGGGAAAUAUAUUUUAUAAUAUCCAGUAUAAUGAAGAAAGCCUGGACCACCUGGAUGGAAAAGCACUGUGUGUGUGUGUGUGUGUGUGUGUGUGUGUGUGUGUGUGUGUGUGUGUGUGUGUGUGUGUGUGUGUGUGUGUGUGUGUGUGUGUGUGUGUGUGUGUGUGUGUGUGUGUGUGUGUGUGUCUGACUUUGGACCUGAAUAGGGUCAUUUAGAAUUGUAAAGUACAAUAUAAAGAUUGGACUGGCAGCAUAAUCAAACAUGCCACUGCAGGUGUUUUCCCUAAAUUCCCAACUAAAAUGAAGGUAACCACAUUUGUUAUUUUAGGAAAUGAUGCAUAGAAAAAAGAAAAGAAAAAAGCACUACAGGCAGUUUAAAACAAGGAAUCUUACAUUUAAACUCCAAACUUUUGCUUGAGCACUGUUUUCUUGUGAUAAUUUUUCCAUUAUGUAACUGACUACAUUAGAACAUUAGUCAUAAACAUUUUUCCUCUGUUCUUAUUCUCUGAACAUUAAUAUGCCACUACACACCCAUAACAUCAGCUUUUACUUUCCAUUGUUGUCUUGUGCUUUGAUUUUUAAUGGUUUUGUCAGAGUAUCUCUGUAUGUUUGUUCAUGUGCAACAUAGAACCAAAUAAUGUGCCUAAGAAUAAUAGAUGAUGGACCGCAAAAUGCUACAUAAAAAUGAUGCAAACUCCAGCGCCUUACAGAGGAUUACACUCCUGACCAACUACUCCUUCUUGUUCUUUGUUUUCAAAGAUUCUUUAAUGUUCAAUGUUCAAACAUUAAAACCACAAGAAAAGGAAAGUUAAAAUUAAAAUGUCUCAUUGUUGAUACUUAAUUAGCAAAAUUUAUAAUGACAGUGCUAAGAAAGAAUAUAAGUAUGAUAAUGGAAUAUCAUUGUAACAUUUUAGUGUACUAGAGUAAUUUAAUAUUUUGAUUGUGUGAACAUUGUCUUUUCUGAAUUGAUCAAAUAAACUUGAUCAGCCAUUGUGUA